UAUUAAGACAGAUCGACGACUCCCCAUUUUCUUUUGUCACAUUUUUCACAAAGUACCCUUGUGAACACGAUCACAAAAAGGUGUCCAAAUUAGAUAGCAACGUAAAGGAUGUAUAAAAUAACAUUGAUGAUUACCCUAAUUAAGCCAAUUAAGCAUAUUCCAUGGAGAAGACCCAAAAGGAAAAGCAUGACAAGUUGAAGGAGAAGGGAAGGAAAGAAGUCCGGUACCGCGGCGUCCGAAGGCGGCCGUGGGGCAAGUAUGCGGCGGAGAUAAGAGACCCUUCUAAGCAAGGGUCACGGUUGUGGUUGGGGACUUUUGAGACAGGUGAAGAGGCAGCUAGAGCAUAUGAUCAUGCAGCCUUUACCAUGAGGGGUCAUGUUGCAAUUUUGAAUUUUCCUAAUGAGUACCAUUCUCAUCAUGUCAGGGGCUAUUCUCCAAAUUUAGCAUCAUCAUCAUCUUCCAUUACUCAUGCCGGUGGUGGACAACAAAGGCAAGUUUUUGAGUUUGAGUAUUUGGAUGAUAAGGUGUUGGAGGAGCUUCUUGAGUUUGAAGAAAACAAGGUUCAGAAAGGUUGAGGGUUGAACUACCCUUCUUAUUUUUCUUUAAUUUGUAAUUUCCUUUUCUUUUUCUAACUAUCUUAUCAUGAUCCAAGACCAAACCAAAAUCGUUAGAAAAAAACAAAAAAGAAACCCUUCAUUGUCCAAGUUUGCAUACUGCACUUAUGCCACAUUUUGUGCAAAUGGAUAUAUAUUACUGUCAAGUUUCACAAAUCAUCCUUUCGUCAUAGUGCUAGAGUAAGAGGCAAAGAAUAUCAAAGGGUCUAGUCUGUUUUGUAAUUUUUAAUAGUGUCAAAAAUAAUAAAGUGUCAAA